GCUACUGCACUGGCUGGGGAGACCCACAUUACAUGACUUUUGAUGGACUGUACUACAGUUAUCAAGGGAAUUGUACAUAUGUCCUUGUGGAAGAGAUUAAUAAGAAAGUUGACAACUUUGGUGUCUACAUUGAUAACUACCACUGCGAUGCACGGGACGUAGUCUCUUGUCCUCGGACUCUCAUUGUGAGACAUGAGACUCAGGAAGUGCGGAUAGCAACAGUGCAACCAAAUACUCUACAAGUAGAGUCCAUUGAUAAACAUGAUGUCCCAGCUUUGGAGCUUCAGAAUCGGGUGACAGUAAACAAACAGCCAGUGGCUUUGCCUUAUAAGAAGUUUGGUGUGAGCAUCUAUGAGUCAGGCAUAAAUCGUGUUGUGGAAAUUCCUGAGCUGAAAAUGAAUGUGACCUACAACGGUUUGUCCUUUUCCAUCAGAAUGCCCUACAGCCUGUUUGGCAACAACACUCAGGGACAGUGUGGUACUUGCAACAACAACACAGCAGAUGAUUGCAGGUUGCCAAAUGGAGACAUUGCAGAAAACUGUGAAACCAUGGCAGAUCAUUGGCAGGUUGUUGAUCCCUCCAAACCACAGUGCUCUCCAGGCCUAGUUCCUACAAAAACACCUAGCACAACCCCAGCACAACCUUGCAAAGAAUCUUCCAUCUGUGAGCUUAUUUGGGGAAGUGUGUUCAAGCCAUGCCACGAGUUUGUCCAGCCUGAAAAGUACUAUGCAGCCUGUGUUUUCGAUAGCUGUGUAGUUCCUGGCUUAGACCUGGAAUGCUCAAGUCUGCAGAUCUAUGCUGCCACCUGUGCUGAUCAAGGUGUAUGCAUUGACUGGAGAGAUCACACCAAGGGUGUAUGCUCUUACAAAUGCCCCUCGAAUAAAGAAUACAGAGCAUGUGGCCCUGUUAAAGAGUUAACCUGCAGAACAAGUCAACAAAAUGAAACUUCAACAAAACAAGUGGAAGGCUGCUUCUGUCCUAAUGGAACAAUGCGGUACGACUCCAGCGUGGAUGUCUGCGUGAAAACAUGUGGCUGUGUUGGAGUGGAUAUGGUACCAAGAGAGUUUGGGGAAAGGUUUACAGUGGACUGUCAGGACUGUAUUUGCCUGGAAGGUGGACAGGGCAUUGUAUGUGGGCCUCAUAAAUGUCCUCAACAUGAUAAGAUCACUUGUGAAGGAGAAGGCUUCUAUAAGGUCAAUGAAGUCAAUCCUGAAGAUGCCUGCUGCCCUGUUGUCACCUGCAAAUGCAAUACUAGCUUCUGCACAGCUAAAGCCCCCAAGUGUGCUCUGGGAUUUGAAGUUCAUUCUUUUAUUCCCAGUGGUCAGUGCUGUCCUGUGUACCAAUGUGUUCCCAAGGGGGUUUGUGUACACCAGAAUGCUGAGUUCAUGCCUAAUUCCUCAGUCUUUGUUGAUAAGUGUCAGACAUGUUUCUGCACUAAUGAAGUUAACGUCAACACUCAGCUGAAUAUCAUCUCAUGUAAACAUGUUCCAUGCAACACAAACUGUCAACCGGGAUACGAGCUUCAACCAGUGAAGGGUGAAUGUUGUGGAAGGUGUGUGCAGACUAAAUGUAUUAUACAUGCAGGAAACAAUGCUGAACUCAUCCUGAGUCCUGGAGAGUUUAAGAAUGAUCCUAGGAACAACUGCACAAUUUAUAGCUGCGUAGAUGUCCACAACCAGCUUAUCUCUUCCACAUCUGAGAUUACCUGUCCAGCAUUUAAUGAGGAGAGCUGCAAACCUGGAACUGUUUCGUUCCUGCCUAAUGGUUGCUGCAAAACCUGUGCACCUCUGGACAGCCGUACACCGUGCUCUGUCCGUCAAAGAGAAGACUUCAUUGUCUAUCAGGGCUGCCGUUCUGUGGACAGAGUUGUCAUGACUGAAUGUGAAGGAACAUGUGGAACUUUCUCACUCUACCAGGACUUCAACAUUCAGAUCAGGCGCAGUGACAAGAACAGCUUCCUGGUCUACUUCACUGUCACCAUUGAUGGAGUGAUCUUGGAGGUGAAGGAGACAGGCAUCACAGUGAAUGGGAACAAGAUCCCCAUGCCCUUCAGCUUGAAGAGCAUCCUGAUUGAGGAUACCUGCACUUACUUCCAAGUCACUUCCAAGCUGGGCCUGACACUCAAGUGGAACUGGGCUGACACUCUCCUAUUGGACCUGGAAGAAACAUACAAAGAGAAAAUAUGUGGUCUGUGUGGGAACUAUGAUGGCAGUGAGAAGAAUGAUUUGAUUUUGGAUG